GUAACUGGCCGAACCGAAUGGGCAUUAUCGUCAUUUGGAAAUGCAUUACUUCUCCUGCAUUUCUCGAGGGUUUAGGGUUUCUGAUUCAUUUCCUUUGCUUAGAAUCUUCUUUGGUUCUUGAUUUUCGUUUCAGUUAGUAUCACCAGGAGACUGAGGCUCCUACUUAUUUGAAGAACACCUUCCUCUGAGUCUAUCCAAGUCCAUAAUCUCUCUCCCAGGUGUGAAGUAAAGUCAAAAAGACAACAUUAGUAGCAGGAAAGAGCAAUGUGGUGUAUGCUUUUUGACAGAAGUUAGAGAUCCCUAGCUACAUGUCAGACAAGAAGGAGGCUGGGGAGAUCAACACACUUGUUGCAAGUAAUGGAAGUACAUCUAGGAUCAGUGAAACUGGACUUCAUCUUUAUCCGGUCUCCAUCAACGACUCAGGCGAAGGUUUACCAUAUGCUCCUGUAGAUUGGCCAAAUGCUGGUGAUAAGUGGUGCUGGAAGGCGGGGAAAAGAGUUUCAGUUUCAGGCUACAUUAAGGAUAGAUAUCUGUAUCUUCCAAAGCGUCUUCGGGCUCUCAAAGAAGGAAGGGGAUAUACUUUUCGAAGUAGGCCUUCAAUUGAACAAUAUCUCCGAUCUGAGUUUCCUAAUGUAGAUAUCAACGGUUUCUUUGCCUCGUUCAGUUGGAUGAUUCCCGCAAAAGAGUCAGCAAGCUCAAAAGAUAUGAAACAGAAGCUUAUGUCUUCAGGGACGAAAAUGGAGCCUUCACCGUCUGAUUCUCCUUUAGGAACCAUUACUUGUAAGGCUGGUAACAGAAUCUGUAGCAGUUUAACAGCAGAAAAUCCUUUACCGGAGACGAUGUUUUGUGAUAUCUGUUGCACUGAGCCUGGUUUUUGCCGAGACUGUUGCUGUAUCCUUUGUUGUAAAACUAUCAGUUCGGAUUAUAAUGGGUACAGUUACAUUCGGUGUGAAGCAACAGCAGUUGAUGGCUACAUUUGCGGACACAUUGCCCAUGUAGACUGUGCUCUACGAGCUUACAUGGCUGGGACAGUCGGAGGAAGCAUCGAUUUGGAUGCAGAGUAUUUCUGUCGAUACUGUGAUUCAAGGACGGAUUUGGUUUCACAUGCUUUGAAGCUUCUAAACAUCUGCACGUCUGUUGCUUCUUCUGCUGACAUUGAGAAGAUUUUGAAUGUUGGCAUUUGUAUUUUGCGUGGAUCACAAAAAAGGAGUGCAAAACAGUUGUUGCAUCGUAUUGAAUCAAUCAUGUCAAAGCUUAUAGAUGGGGCCUGCGUUGAAGAUGUAUUUAAAAAGGAAAGCUCCGCUGAUAGCACUGGGCUUGAACAAAUAUGUACAUCUGUGCAUUGCAUAUGAGUUUGUCUAUAUCAGUGCUUCCCACUGUUCUGAAGUACCAAAGAAAUUUGUUGCAACUAAAGCACAAUAUGAACAGAAAAUGAUCAGCUUGGACUUACGGAAAAUGAUCAGUAAGGAAGACGAAUUAUUUGGCGUACAACGAGUGCAUCAGAUAAAUGCUCUAUUCAACUGCUCCUAACCAGAGGAAGGAGAUUGAUUGCAUCCUUAAGAAAAUGCAUCAAUCAUUUAAAGGAUCUUUUGUAGGGUGCUGUUUUGGUUAUUGCAGCAAUAACAUCUUUUGGUGUAAAGAGUUCUGUCUACUGCUUUUUUUUUCAUCUCUCCUUGAGCCGGGGGUCUAUCGGAAACAGUCUCUCUAUCGUGAAGGUAGGGGUAAGGUCUGCGUACACACUACCCUCCCCAGACCCCGCUUGUGGGAUUAUAAUGGGUUUUUUUAUUGUUGUUGUUUGUGGUGGUGUUAGUGUAAAGAGUUCUGUCCUAUGACAUAAAUCUGAAUCUCACAUCCAUCAUCUGCCUCACCACAUUAGUAUAUGUUAGUUCUCUGCUUGUAGCACUACUGCUCAGAUUAUUCUGGAAUGUAUCCUGUUAGGAACUGUCUAGAUAUUGCCGCCACUGUGCUUAUGAUUCCUAUUGCUGGGCAUGGAAUGCUGCCAUUUUUUUAAUGAUGUUGUCCAUAGGUUUCAUUUUACUUUCCGCCUUUAGGAUUUUUCUGGAAUCCUGGUUCAGUGCCAAUUUGCUAUUAUUAAUGAAAUCCCGUGUUGGUUCGUUGCCUCCCUUGUUUCUAA